ACUUCCUUGCUGGUUGGAGGCUCAACCACAGCAGGCUUCUCCCUCAGAGGAGGAGACAGUGAGAAGCAGUUGGAACUCAUCUCUCUCUGCCUUCCCAUAGCACCUGGCAGGGGCUCAGGAGACGUGAGGAGCGCGAAUGGGCAGAGCAGAAUCUCUAGAAGGGAAGAUGAGCGCCCAGGAUCCUUCAGAUCUGUGGAGCAGAUCAGACGGAGAAGCAGAGCUGCUCCAGGACUUGGGGUGGUACCAUGGUAACCUCACACGCCAUGCGGCCGAAGCCCUUCUCCUCUCCAAUGGAUGCGACGGAAGCUACCUUCUGAGGGACAGCAACGAAAGGACCGGGCUGUACUCUCUCUCUGUGAGAGCCAAAGACUCUGUCAAACACUUUCAUGUGGAAUAUACUGGAUAUUCAUUUAAAUUUGGCUUUAAUGAGUUCUCAUGUCUGAAGGAUUUUGUCAAGCAUUUUGCAAAUCAGCCUUUGAUUGGAAGUGAGACAGGCACUCUGAUUGUUCUGAAACAUCCCUAUCCAAGGAAAGUGGAGGAACCAUCCAUUUAUGAAUCUGUCCGGGUUCACACAGCAAUGCAGACGGGAAGAACGGAAAGUGACCUCGUGCCCACUGCACCCUCUCUGGGCACCAAAGAGGGUUACCUCACCAAACAGGGGGGCCUGGUCAAGACCUGGAAAACAAGAUGGUUCACAUUGCACAGGAAUGAGCUGAAAUACUUCAAAGACCAGAUGUCACCAGAACCAAUUCGGAUCCUAGACUUAACAGAAUGUUCAGCUGUACAAUUUGAUUAUUCACAGGAAAGAGUAAACUGUUUUUGCUUAGUGUUUCCAUUCAGGACAUUUUAUCUCUGUGCAAAGACAGGAGUAGAAGCUGACGAGUGGAUCAAGAUAUUACGCUGGAAACUGUCUCAAAUAAGAAAGCAGCUCGACCAAGGGGAAGGCACAAUCCGAUCUCGGUCGUUCAUCUUUAAAUAGGCCUUCCCUGCCCAAGCGCGCAGGGCGGAAUGGUCCCUGAUGUUGUGAUCCACAGCAGGCUUCAGACGAAAGCUGACUAAGGCUCUUUCUUUCAAAACAAACCAAAAGCACAUGCAGAUCUGGACCUUUCGGAACCCACCACAUUUGCUGACUUGUGGGUAACUGCUUGCCCUUCAGGAUGUUGUCACCUCCGUGAGAAUACCAAAGCUGUCAUCGUUCUGAUGGAAGCCGGUGAAACCACCAACCCAGGCGUGCUCACUUUUAGGAAAUGUAGAAGACAAAGGGGUUUUGUGUUGUCUCAUUGCGGUCCCCAAGCCGCAUGGCGUCCCAUUCUGCAUCACAGUCAGCUCCUCCGACAUCCAGGUUGUGCUAUCAACCAGGAAGGGAACAGCUAUGUGCUUUGACUGCUUCUACA